GGCGAACUUGACGAGUGGUUCAAAGCCGCAACAUCGCUGCCUGCUACCUACCGCCACCUCCUCUGAGGAUCCUUUUAAGGAGAAGACGUUCGAUUGCAUCACAAUUACAACACAUUUGACGACUUUUCAUUAGGGCUUCGCUGUGUCUAUUUGGUGUCAAGUGAGAGAAGGUGACAAGCCAGCGGCCGCUUGGUGCAAUCCGCCGGACGGACGCUCUUAACGCCGCGAUGCCUGAUAUUUACUAUGAUUCAUCCGCCGAUGUCGUAGCUGGCGGGGCAAUGCACCACGACGGCGAGCGAUUAUCUGCAGGUGGAUGGCCAACCUGACGCAAAGCCUCUGCAAAAUCAACAGCUCAGAACCGCCGCCGGACAUUUUUAAAGCCGAAUCAUGCUUCCAGGCGUAGGCGUGUUCGGCACCAGCCUGACCGCCAGGGUGAUCAUCCCCUUAUUGAAAAAUGAGGGAUUCGCCGUCAAAGCCCUUUGGGGCCGCACGCAGGAAGAGGCAGAGGAGCUGGCCAAGGAGAUGGACGUCCCGUUUUACACCAACCGGAUCGACGACGUGCUGCUGCACCAGGACGUGGAUCUGGUUUGCAUCAACCUGCCUCCGCCUCUGACGCGGCAGAUCGCAGUCAAAACCCUGGGUAUCGGAAAGAACGUGAUUUGCGAUAGGACGGCCACGCCGUUGGAUGCCUUCCGAAUGAUGUCCGCCGCCCAGUACUACCCAAAGUUGCUGAGCAUUAUGGCAAACGUCCUCCGCUUCUUGCCAGCCUUUGUUCGAAUGAAGGAGCUGUUGGAGGAAGGCUACAUCGGGGAGCUUCUGGUUUGUGAGGCGCAGGUCCACAGUGGCAGCCUACUCGGGAAGAAAUACAACUGGAGCUGCGAUGACCUCAUGGGCGGUGGCGGCCUGCACUCGGUCGGCAGUUACAUCAUCGACCUGCUCACGUUCCUGACGGGCCAACGCGCGGCGAAGGUCCACGGCUUCCUCAAGACCUUCGUCAAACAGACGGACCACAUCCGAGGCAUCCGGCAGAUCACCAGCGACGACUUCUGCACCUUCCAGAUGGUGCUGGAAGGAGGGGCCUGCUGCACCGUCACCCUCAACUUCAACGUCCCCGGAGAAUUCCGACAAGAAGUGAUCAUCGUCGGAACCGUGGGGAGGUUAUCGGUCAUGGGGACCGACUUGUACGGGCAGAAGAACAAUGGCGGAGGAGGGGCCGGGGCGGGCCCUGAACUUCUCCUCAAAGACACGACACCUCUCGAAAAGGCUUCGUUACCCGACAAAGCCUUCAGUGACAUCCCCUCUCCAUACCUGACCGGAAUGAUCCGAAUGAUCCAGGCCGUUCGUCAGGCCUUUCAGGACCAGGACGAUCGGCGGACGUGGGACGGCAGGCCUCUGACGAUGGCGGCCACCUUUGAGGAUUGUCUCUAUGCUCUCUGCGUGGUGGACACCAUCAAGAAAUCCAACCGAUGCGGGGAGUGGCAGAACAUUGCGGUGAUGACCGAGGAACCGGAAGUCAGCCCGGCUUAUUUAAUCAGCGAGGCGAUGCGUCGGAGUCGGAUGUCGCUCUACUGUUAGGAUCCAGCUGCUUGCCUACCAUUCCGAGGAAAAGGAUCCAUCUCCACCUUAAGACGCGCCGCUGUCCUUAUCUGUCGUUCAAGACCUCAAUAGUAUGUUUGGUGCUGUCCAAUCCGUAUUGUUGCUUUGCCCGGCCGGAUCAACUCCGACGAGAGAGUGUUUCCGCCUUUGCCUCGGCAGACUAAGAUAAGCAGUUCUUUUGUGAUCAAAUCUUGAUUCAUGCGAGAGCCCGUCCUUGAUCUGAGUACGAAUACUGUUACUGCGCCGUCCAUUACCAAAGGGGUAUUGCGCUUGUCGUCUCCCGAAGUGGGAUGAAAAACAACAAAGCACACUUGUGACAUUGUGUGAGAACAGCCAAGGAAGGACGAUAGCCUGACAGAUACAAGCACAGCGGUGCUGUAAUGUUGCUACUUUCAAGGUUUACCAUGUGAAUGUGCUUCAGGCGGCUUCUCGCUGUCUGUGUUCUAUUCGUCCUUUGUUUGGGUGACGCAAGACAGGGAGGAAUCAAUAGUUGGGCCGGUGGUUAUUCUAGUGAGCUUUAACCUCCAUGUUGCUCGUGCAAGAUGUCGUCUGCGAGUUUUUGGCCGGAUUUACAAUGCAGAUUGAAAUGCCCAAUCCUAUAUAUCGUGCCUGAAUCCGAUUUGUUUUUGUUUUUUAGACGAAGAUGUGAUCACACUGUAUUUAUAGUUGCUGGUUCAAAUUUAGGGGAAAAAAAUUCCAUCGCAAAUCAUGGAAAUUCAAUACAUUUCUUUCAGGAUUCACCGUACAAGUUUUAUUGCCGUACUGUGAGCAGCCAGAACAGACUUGCGUUACCCAGGGAGCGAAUUCCAGUGCCACAAUUGGCAUUAUUUAACUUUUUAUUUUUAUGCAACUGAACGCGAAGUGUAUUUCUUUUAGAAAUUUGAGUUUACAUUUGAUACAUCGCUCCACAUUCGAGGUUCCACUGUGUUUUGAAUUCAGCGGUUAAUACGCCGCAAGAAAGUAUCAUUGUGCGGUUUUGAUACAACCUAUUUAACAGGUGCAAUGGAAUGCUAGCUGGUCAGUAAGGCAAAAAAAAAAAAAUUCACACUGUUGCACUGAAGUACAGUAGCGUUAUGGUACUGUCUGGUGGAUCGGGAGUUAGGUUCAUGGUCAAGUACACUGGUUUAUGCAUCGCAUUCAUGAAAUGUCGAAGGUAUUCAAUUUGCUCUGCUGCCUUGUCUUCCGGAGAAAUGUGAAUGGCAAAAUAGUUUUUGGGAGCUCUAUCAGGAUUGCUUCAUGCGAUUCAUUGGCUUGGAAUCAUGUCUCAGGACUCUUUCCCCAUCAACCAAGAUUCUAGACGUCACUGACUGGCAGUCUUCCAAUGAAAAUGUUCUUUGCAACAAAAAUCUCUUGUAACAUAGACAAAAUUAAGGACUCCGACUUGAUGAGGUGAGCGUGAAGAAUUUCGUCGAAUGUGUGAAUCGUAUUACUGAUCAAACGCCGCUUGAAGCAGUCGAGGCAAAAUGCACAAGGUGGCAUUUAACCAUUUUGCCAAUUUGCAACCAAUCUUAUUUAUGCUCUUUAAAUGUUUUGUAAAAAGGCCCGAAUUCAUAUAAAAUCGUUUCCUAUUUGACUCAAGACGGUUGAUGCUGCUGAAAAUUGUACACAUCUCUUGACCCCUUUUAAAAAAAAAAAACAUUUCAAGAUGUGUGUGCAUGAGCGUGUGGUUUUUGUAUCGGGGAUUUACUGCCCUCGUUUCCAUGAUGUGAUCAAGCAGACUGCACAUUUUCACUUUUACUUUUCAAAUAAGAACGUACGGAAGUCUUAAUAUUUCUCCAUGUCACUGGAGUGACCAAAUGCACACGGUGUAUACAGUUGGGUUAUUUUUAGGAAUUCCAAUUUAAGAUUGAACAGUCCACGUCAUGUGACAUUCAGACUGUACAAUAAUGUAAAAUUGAAAGCUUUCUAUCAACAGAUAUACUGGAUUGGACAUUUUGGGGAUUUUAUUUUUAUUUAUUUUUUAAACAAAGAUUGCAGGAUGGUUUCUAGUUGGCAUGUGACUCAUCUAAAAUUUACCAAAACAUCAGCCAAACUAUGAAGCAUCAUUUUUUUUUUUUACUCACAAACUGAAAAUGUUACUUUUUUUUAUGCACCUCGCUUCCUCUGUGUGGUUUCAUUUUCUUAAAACGACAUUUUUAACUGUGUCUGUGCAUAUGGUUAUAUUAUCAAAGGAACAAUGUUGUCUAAAUUAAAACAGGCUUUAUGUAUUUUAUUUGUUAAAAAAAAGACAAACUGCAUUCUGUUUUCAUGAGUGUUGCCAGGUAUUUAUUGUUUGUUUGCUGUAUGCUGCUGAAAAUUCAUGGAUCGCCAUGCAGUGUACAGGAUGUGGGACAGUAUAAGCUGGGCCCUAUAUUUCCCGUCUAUAAAAUAGAAUUGUUUGAAACAC